AUGGUGGAUGCAAGCGCGAUGAAGAAGGCGUUCACCGUGUCGGAUAUCAAACCGCUGGACCAGUACGAUUUCAACCGAGCCAAGAUUUGCGCCAGUGUCCGGUGGCUGCUGUCAAAAUCAUACGGGUCCGCAGAGAACGUUCCGGUGGAGCUGCGGGAGCCCUUCUACAAGGACCAGUAUGAGCAGGAGCACCUGAAGCCCGGGGUGUCGGCGCUGCUCCUCUCCCCGGAGCUGUACUGCCGGGCCCAGGCCCUGCUGGCCCAGGCCCACGGGGUCUCCCUGGGAGCUUCGCAGGGGCCCCCCGGCGACAACUCGGCCCUGCUGCAGCUCCUGACCAAGAAGGGCUUCGCUCCCCGGGACCGGGACAUCGACGUCACAGAGGAGGACCUCUGUCACACGCCCAUCAAGACGAAGGCGCACCUGGCCCUGAUGGAUGCGCUGAUGUCAUUGGCUGCCAAGGAGACGGUGGGGCGGGUGAAGAUGGCCGAGGAGGCCGGGCAGAUGGGGGCAGGAGAGCCCUGGGAGAACGCUCUGCUCUUCUGGGUCAACAGGUUGAACCAGACGUUGCGAGAGAGCACAGAGGAAGAACCGCCCAAACCUCAAACGUGCACAGAUCUCCAGCCUGCUGAGGAAACUUGUCCUUCCAACCGAUGGUACUGGAAACUAGUCCCACAUUCUAUCGCUUUCUGUUUGAAGGAGUCGGGGAAUAAGCCGCCAGUGAUCCGCUAUAAGAAAGAUAAGGUGCUGUCUAAGAUGACCCCCACCUUCCCUCUGGUGUCUGGAGUCAAAGAUCUCUCUAAUGGAUGUGCAGUGGCGGCCGCGUUACACUACUACUGCCCUAGCAAGCUGCCUUUAGAGGAUGUGUGUCUGAAGGAUACCAUGUCAGUGGCUGACAGCCUGUACAACCUGCAGCUGAUCAAGGACUUCUGCGCCAGCCACCUGCAGAGCUGCUGCCCCCUAGCUGUGGAGGACCUGCUCUACGCCCCGCCGGCACUGCACGUGAACAUGGUGAGUUUCGUGGCAGAGCUCCUGGAUUGGUUCGAGAUCCAGAAGCCUGAGUUUGUCCAGCCAAGCCAGCCCCUGGACCUCUCAGAUGUAUCGGCGCUGUUGGAUUGCACCAGUCCUGUCAGCGGCAUCGGAAGCAGCGGUUCCCCGUCUUUUCUCUUCAAGCAGCCCUACCUGCCCAUCUCGUCGCCGAUGUCCCCAGAGGGUAAAACAUGGGGCAAAAAACAGAUCAGCCGCCCCCUGUCGGCCGUGACCUUCAGCAUCCCGUUCGGCCUGGACAGCGACGUGGACGUCGUCAUGGGCAACCCCGUCGAGUCCUUCCUGCGCUCCUCCCCCGGCGGCACGGACAGCCUGAGCCGCACGGCGGGGGUCCCGGCCCUGACCCGGGUCCCCUACAGCCCCCCCGAGGACCUCAGCCACCUGGUCAGCGCCUCCCUCCCCUCCCAGCGGGGGCCCUCCUCCCGGGGGCCCCCCGCCUACCCCCACGCGGGCCCCCCGGCCAGAGACCUGUCCACCAUUGAGGAGGCGCUGGCGGCGACGCUCCACGCCGCCCCGGGGAGCGGGGGGGCGAGGAAGGAGAAGGAGAAGACGGGGGCGGACCCCGCGGUAGUGGGGGGAGGAGGAGGAGGAGGAGGGCGGAAGGAGCCCCGCUUGCGUCCAGAGGGGGCGCCGGCGGGCUUCUUCCUCCACUCCCCCGAGGUGGGGGAGGUCUCAAAGCUCAGCAGCUCCGCCCCCGGACGCUCCGGGAUGUUCCACCGGCCCGUCGGCGGGGAGCCGGCCCCCGGGGGCGAGAGGCGCGGGCGGGGGGACACGCGGGACAGGCCGAGCCGGGCCCCCGACACGUCCCGGGACGACGACUCGGUCCUGCGCGACGGCAGCGUGGACUCCUCCGAGGCCUCCGAGGACCUCCCGAGGAACGCGCCGGGGAACCUCCGCCCCGGCGGUGGUAACCCCGGCAACAGCGGCGGCGACAGCCCCCGCAUGACGAAUUUCGCCGAGCGGCGGGACAACCGACGGAGACAGCCCGCCUCCGAGGAGCCGAGCCAGUCGACCCCGACCACGCCGGGGACCCCGCACGCGCCCUCCACACCGGCGGCGGCGGCGGGGGCCGGGGCCCGCGGCCACCAGGACAGCCCGGACUCCAGGGGCCCCGAGCCGGGCUCCGAGGCCCGGGAGCUGGGGGCCAAGCUGGAGGAGAAGCGCAAAAGCAUCGAGGCCCAGAAGAGACGCAUCGAGGCCAUCUUCGCCAAGCACCGCCUGCGUCUGGGGAAGACGGCCUUCCUGAAGCUGAAGAGGGAGCAGGGGGAGGGGGGAGGGGGCGCGGAGGGCGCCCAGGACGACCAGCUCACCCUGGAGGAACGCCUCACCCGCAUGGAGGAGGAGCUGAAGCAGGAGGAGCUGAAGGAGAAGGAGGAGAAGGACGGAGGGGAGGGAGCAGGGCAGGCGGAGGGGAACGCUGUGACUCCUCCGGCGCCGCGGCUGGAGAAGCAGGUCACGUUCGCUGUGGAGAGCCGCAAGGUGGAGGAGAAGGAGAAGGUGGCAGGGAGAGCAGGCGGCGCUGUCCUGGACGACUACAACGGCGUGGUGCAGAAGCUGAGCGAGGCGCUGCUGUCGCUGCAGAAGGACAUGCAGAAGCUGACCGACCAGCAGCAGCAGCUCAUGGGCAAGCCGAGGACCGCGCCCGCGACCCCUCCCGCGACGCCGCCCCGCACCCCGACCAAGGCCCCCGUCCGGACCACCACCGCCGGCAAGGCCUGGGUCACCCAGCCCUGUCCGGUCCCGGCCUCCCCCGGCUCGCCCUCCCGGCGGGCCCACGGCCCGAACAGCGCCGCCGCCGCCGCCCUCAAGACGCCCCUGUCCUCCUCCUGCCCCGCCCCGAAGACCAAGCUCCCCCCCUCCUCCACCGCCCCCCGCAGCCCCAAGCACCACGCGCGGCCGGCCCACCCGCCCCAGCCCCGGCCCUCUGAGCUCAAGUUCCCCCCGCUGGCGCGCGUCCUGACCACGGCCAACCACGUGGACAGGCUGCCCCACCUGCGGCGGGCGUCGCCCAGCAAGUGCCAGGUGCAGACCUCCUCCUCCUUCCGCAUCGGGGGGCCCCGGACCCCCGUGGAGCCGCCCCCGCCGCCGCCGCCGCCGCCCCAGCACGAGGAGACGGCCUCGGAGACGGGCUCCAGCGGCACGCCCACCCAGUUCAGCCUGGAGCUGGAGAACGAGGACGGGGGCGUGCUGGGCGACCUGGUGUGCCUGGCGGGGGUCCUGCGACGGGACCGCUCCGGGACCACGCUGGGCAGCAGCUCGGGGGCGCCCUCGGAGUGCUCCUUCGAGAGCGAGACCCUGUCGCUGUCGGCCGCGUUCGGCGGCGCGGGGGCCGCCGGCGUGGAGGCCGCCCUCGCGGGGAGGAGCAAGGCGUCGCUGUCGUCCCCGGCGGGGCCGGAGGGGGGCAGCGACGAGCCCACGGACGGGGACCACGAGUUCUCCUCGGACUCCAUGAGCGACCACACGGAGCCCGCCCUGGAGCCCGCGGGGCGCUCGGAGACCCCGUUGGUACCCGGAGGACCCGCGGAGCUCCCGGUGGGUGUGGUCCUCACGGAGUGCCCAGCGGCCGCAGAACCCAGGGAGGAGGUCUUCACUCAGGCAGAGGCUCAGCGGCCGGCGGCCGGGCUGACCGCACCCAGAAGUGGAAUAGGAUUCGUCUUUGAGGAGGAGAUGCACAGUGAGGGUGAGAUGGCCCACCGGAGGGCUCUCCUGCUGGAGCGACAGCAGCGACGGGUGGAGGAGGUGAAGGAGAAGAAGAAGCGGAGGCAAUGGCACGAGAAAGAAAGUGAAGAGAAUGAAAGCAGACCCGGUUCAUCGGAGGAGCGGCACAGGUCCCCCUGCCCAACCCCUCCCCCGGCCACCACCUCCCCCUUCCCCACCCCCCCUGGCACCCCCGUCCGCUGGGGGGACUUCACGCGGGGGGAGCACAACCUCAGGCACCAGCUCAAGAUCAUGGCUGACCUGGGCAAGGUGCUCCAGCAGAAACCAGCCAAUCAGGGACGAGCUAGCAGCAAGAAGACCCGCCCCCGAGCCCGGCCGCGCAGCGCAUCCCGGGUGCAACCGCCACUGUCUCAGAGCCUGGACAACGGCAUUCUGGGCUCCAAGUUAACCAAGGAGUACUCGCACUCCACCCUCAACCUGGCUGCUGGUGACCCGGGCACCAGUGACAGUGAGCCUGCCAAGAAACCGCCAAGUGCUCCGAAUUCGCCUUUGAGGUGUUUGUCGUCAAGCAGACCGAUCAAUACAUCAGUUAAUCCAAAGUCACAAACAGACGGCGAUGUUUGUCCCAAUGGCACACCCCCUGCCACGGAUUACACAGGUCCAAAACUCUUCAAAGAGCCCAGCUUCAAGUCCAACAAGUUUAUCAUCCACAACGCUCUCUCUCGUUGCUGCCUGGCCGGCAAGGUUAAUGAGACCCAGAAGAACAAGAUUGUUGAGGAAAUGGAGAAGAGUCCGGCCAACCACUUCCUCAUCCUCUUCCGUGACGCCAGCUGCCAGUUCCGGGGCGUGUACACCAUGACCCCCGACACCCAGGAGCUGGUCCGGCUGACCGGAGUGGGUCCCAGGACCAUCGGCUCCUCCCAGGUGGAGUCCAUCUAUAAGUACAGCUCAGACAGGAAGCAGUUCAGCGCGAUCCCAUCCAAGACCAUGGGCAUGAGUGUGGACGCCUUCACCAUCCCGGGCCCUCUCUGGCAUGGGGGGGCGGCAGGGGGGGCUGCUGGGGGGAGCAGGAGGGCCAGCAUUACUAAGAAAGUGGCUGUGUCUAAGUGA